AUGCCCGACGAAGGCAAUUUGGACCAAGUGAAGGAGCUGAUGGCCCUUAUCGCCGCCCACAAAGAGAUGAACGUCACUGGAGCGUCAGUGGUGUUCGACUUCGUCAGGCGCCGGAUCCAGCCGCUUCAGAAGCGGUUUCAUUACGUUUUUGAAGACAUUGGCGCUGAGGAUCCCUCUCGGAUGUGUGCAGACGAGCUCAGCGGCGCAGAAGCUCUUGUACGCACCAAGAAGGUCCUUCUGGACGUCGGUGGGAAGAAUUGGUCUGGAAUUGUGGUAGAUGAGCCUGACGCCCGUGUUGCAGCCUCUUCAGACUCUGAGAGAACUCAGAGUGCUGCAUCAGGGUUGGCAAAAGAUCUGCCCGAGAUCCCGAAAGGUCGGCGAGUCUGCGCCAAGCGCAAGACAAGCUCCAUCGACUCCCCCAGUUCUCCUUCUCCCGGCCCCAAGAAACAGAAGGGUGCCGUGGACGUUGCAUCAGUCAGCGUUGGGGAUGAUGUCCUAGUCGGCAUCCCAAUCACAGGUGCCAGGACGGACCCGUUGCCCGAUUCUAACGUCGUCACUGUCACCACACCUCGAAUUUCGUCUGGGCAAGACUUGCCCUCGACUGGUUCUGGUGCGGGGAUUACAGAGGUUUUUCAAACUCCGGUGUUGGGAACCCCCAAACCGAGAGUAUUGAAACUCAAAAAGCUUGCUGUGAAGAAGUCGACACUGACUUCUGCAGUAAUUGGGCUGGAGGAUACUUCGUCUGAGGUGCCGCCAGCCCCCGAGCAACACAACAUCCCCCCGCCUGAAGGGGAAAACUUGGUGCCAGAGCCGCCAGCCCCCGAGCAAAGCGAGGAAGCGGAGCCCAGGGCUGUGGCAGAGCAGGCCCAAGGAGGUGAAACCUCAGCUCACGCUUCAGCGCCGCCCGAACUCCCCACAAGUGAAAAGACCAGUGGCGCUGAAGAAGCUGGAGGCUCCUCCCUUCCUUCGAACCAGACCAUCACCUACCAGCUGAUCCCACAAAAGAUUACUCCGGAAGAACGACGCAAGAUUCCUUUCAAUCUAGCAUUUGAUCCGAUGCUGGAUAGGCAAAAACUUGGUGGCUUUCAAGAGCUUGCUCAGGAAAUGACCCAGUUCACCAUGGACCUGUAUAAACAAUCAGAGUUGAAAUAUGCCAAGCUUCAAGCUGUGUUGGACACUGAUGCAGAGCUCCUAGAUCGAGAAGAGAGAUGCAAGAGUCUGGAGGAGGACAAUAUUGCCAUGAAGAAGCACAUCCAGAAGCUUGAACAUGAGCGGAUGAAGUAUGAUGAGCUUAAAACCUUCAACAAUACCCUCCGAUCCCAGCUCAAAGAACAAAGGAAAGCCCAUCAAGAUGAAGUCGAGCGGUUGCAGAAGAAACUCCAAGACACCGACAUCCAAUUUGUCGAGUGCAUGCAAACCGUCAAGGCACUGAGCGAAGAGAAGAUUACCAGGGACAAGGAACUCGAAGAGCUGAAGGUAGCGGCACAAGCAGUAGUCGACAUGGUGGAUCCUCUCGAAGAUGGAGCCCCAACCGAGCGGAGUCUACUCGAUCGCCUUUGAGAUGCUCCUGCAAAGGUGACAGGCUUCGUAUCAGAGGCAACUAAGACUUAUAUUGCCCAUACCUUAGCUUUAGUGAAGUCCUUCUGGGCCAAGGCGCAGUUAGAAUGCUUGUCCGAUGGUAUGGCUGCCAACUGCUCCGAAGAGCAAUUCGAAGGAUAUCUCAAGGAGGUGCAGCCAACCACGGAGAAGAUUAUUGAGAGCCUAGAGCAAGAGUAGGUCUCACAAAAAUACUUGAAGUAUUUGUACCAGUACUUGUGUGUAUAUGUAUAUAUAUUUAUGCCUGUUUA